GUCCUCCAAAAUAGUGCAUUCAAUUAACAAUUUAAAAUUUUAGAGAAACCUUGCAACAGUUAGACUGGGAUGAGAUGUACAGGGAUCAUGAUGCUAAUGUAAAAUUUAACCUAUUUCACGAUACCUUUGCAAAUCCUUUUGCAGAUCGCAUAAUAGAAGUAUUUUCUUCUCAAAAUGACAACCAUUUGUCUUUUGAGGAUUUGCUGGACAUGUUUUCAGUACUCUCAGAAAACUGCCCUGACAGAGUGAAAGCACUGUGGAUCUUUAAAAUAUAUGACUUUGAUGGUGACACUUUCCUCAAGAAAUCAGAUCUUAUCAAUGUCAUAAGAAGAUUAACAGGUAUCAAUACUCUGGAAUUCAGAGAUUUGGAAACCGUAGCAAAUAAUGUUUUGAAGGAAGCAGACAUUUCUCAAAGUGGGGCACUUUCACCUAUGGAUUUUGUCCAUUUAGCACUGAAAUUGCCUGAAUUCUCCAGCUGCUUUACAGUUAGACUCUGAUAGAUAUCUGUAGCAUAUUUUGUGCAGGCAUUAAUAGCAAGAAGAAAAAUUAUAAAUGUGUCAUUAUUGUAUAAUAUGAGGAAGUAAUAAUGUGGGGCAAGAUGUUAUCUGUAAUGAUAGCACCAGGGAUCAAAGUUAUAAGACAUGAACACAGUUCCAUUUGAAAAAUAAGUUAUUUAAUUUUUAAAUUAUGAUCAAUAUCUGCAGUUCUGUACAGCUCAGAAAUAUGGACAUAUGUUUUAAUGGAUCAGUGUAUGCCAGUAAUAAGAUUUUGGGACCUGAAACAUGCUUCAUAAUCUCUCCACAUAGCCUUGUAGAUCUAAUGUACUAUCAGCAAGAGAGGAGAAGCAGAGGUCAGCUUGACAUAGAUCAGAUCAUGCAGUGUUUUGCAAUCCUCAGGUUGUGUGUUUAACUUUCCACAAUGGAACAGUCUACAUACAGCAAAGAUUUUUGUCAUCCCAGGAAAUUAUACCAGCUAUUAUUUCAAAUAACCUGUACUCAGGAAGUGAAGAAGAAAUUAAUGAUUGAGAUUUAAGCUCAAAGAAGUAAAACAAGAAUUACAUGAAUUAUCUUUAUUUCUUAAAAUUGGCAACCAGCAAAUAUUUUCUUAUACUCUAGAAGCAUAAGGUUUCAUUAGCCAUUAUUUUGAAAUGUAUACAAAUGCAGUAUUUAUAGCCUAAAAAAAAUCAAGACUACACUGGCACUAAAAACCAGUCCUCACAAUGCAAAAUAGCCCCAUAUUUUUUAUUUAAUAUUGUCAUGUGUGAACAAAAAUAUCUUAUUUGAAUGCCUGAGAAUAUUGUUUAAUAUUCUACAUUAAUCUAUAAAUCUGAAAAUGCUUAAAGGAAAAGAAAGAAAGAGAGAAAGAACGUAACUG